AUGUCGGAUAAAAAGUCCUCUUUCCACCCGGCUUUUACUGUUUCCAACAUUAAGAGCAACAUUCCAAUUACUCUUGAAUUGGACAAUGCUGCAUACUCCACUUGGGCGGAACUUUUCAAAAUUCACGCUCGAUCUCACAAGGUUCUCAACCAUAUUAUUGUUCCGAAAAAGAAGGUCGCUGCCCCUUCAACCGAUGAGGAAAAGGAGCUAUGGUCGACAUUGGAUGCAUUGGUUCUUGGGUGGAUAUAUUCGACCAUUUCGAAGGAUCUUUUACAAACAAUUAUUGAACCGGAUUCUACGGCAAUGGAGGCUUUGGAAAUAUUGCGUGAUAUUUUCCGAGAUAAUCAAAACUCUAGAGCCGUAACCCUUGAACAAGAAUUCUCCAACACAAAAAUGGAGGAUUUUCCUAACGCCUCGGCGUACUGUUAA